AUGAAGUGGUUGUUUCUCCAGCUGCUGACACUCUGCUGCCUGGUGAUCUUGCCAGUGGCAGGAAGUUUUAAAAGCAAAACGGAGACUACAACUCCAUCUCCAAAAUUCAUUAAACCAACGCUAGAACUAUUAAGAUGUGUGGAAGCUCCUACCCACUACGAUUGCAAGAAAAAAUGUGACUAUCACUCAGAUUGUAGUUUCAAAUAUGAAUGCUGCUAUUCCAACUGUGGAAAAAUCUGCAUGAGAAUUCCAGAUUCUGAGACCAGCAAUGGGAACUAUGCACCCAUAACCGUGGCAGCAGUUACUUCAUAUCUCACAACUAGCCCUGAAAAUGACCAUCAGCUAUCAGAGUGGUAUCAUAAUAAUACUACCUGAUGUCCAGAGGAAACUUCUUUUUGUUGCAGCUGGAAAGCAGGGAGAGGGCAGAGGAAGGGUCUCAGGGCAAUGUCUCUCCUACUUGACAGCACUCUUCCCUGAAUCAUUAUAUUAUCAGCCUCAAUUCCUUGACAAAUAAA